AUGGUCAACGUCUUCCAGCGCCUCACUAGACGGGCAACAGGCUCCAACGUACCCGAAAACGGAACAAGCGGCCCAGGCCAAGAUCCGAAUAGCCCAUCCAAUCCUCAUGUUCUGCAUAGGAGAAACAGCACCGCUUCAACAAAGCGUUCUCGCCGACAUGACUAUGAAGCAGAGGAGCCAGUGCCACGCCGUCUGAUUUUGAUAUCUGAUACACCGGAAUUUGACCCGGAGAUUAUCCGCCGAUUUCGGGCUGAGGCCUUCGAUGUGGAAUAUUUGCCUUUUAUGUGCACUGGAGAUGCCGAGAAAGACCGUAAGACGUUGGAAAAUAAGGUCCAUAUGAGGGAGGAUGACUUGGAGACUGGGGAGAGAUAUGCCAUUGUUGCAUAUAAUCGACCUGCAUACUACCUCCUAGUAUCGCACCAUCUCAUCGCAAGCAAAACAAACCCAUUCCCACGACUAUGUGCUCUAAUAGCAUACUACCCCGUUUCACCAACACACAUUCAUAAAUCCGACACAGAUAUUGAAAGCGAAUGCAGUAUUCCAGCUUGCUCAGAAACAGACACAAUCUUCCAACCAGGCCCAGCGGCAAAUUUCCUGCCGAUUCAAAUUCACGUUCCAGGGGAAAUGGAAAGUGCAUGCACCUUCUGGCCGUGGAUAACAGUCUCUUCUGAAGGCGACGUUACCUAUAAAAAGCGACAUCGGUGUCAUGUAUUUACAUAUCCAGAUUCGCAGCCCGGGUUCGCGGAAUACAGGCACCAGACCCAGCGAGAAAAGGAAGAUAUACCAAGCGACGACGUUAGUUUGAACUUGUCUUGGAGCAGGGUCCUAGGAUGCUUAAGACGUGCAUUUGGAGUUGGGAGUAACUGGCCCGUUGUUGGCAUUGAGACGGUUUGGGAAGAGUAUUGGCAGCGAAUACUUUCCGAGUUGCAUCAGUCCAGAGUGCAGAGCGGAAUCGAUACCUCGAGGUCUGCCUUUGAGAUUAUGGGCGGCCGAGGUGAGGAUCAAGAUGAAGAGGGGUUAUCUGUGGAGUGUGUUCCCACUAAAGCAGGAGGCACUGACCCCCAAACCCUUCGGUCCUUUUUUAAACAUGCAUUUAUCCCCGCUGGACCCGCUAGUCAGCAUAUCCGUCUUCUGUCAAGAACAGUAGGCACGGAUAAAAUCGUGGACGAGAUACGCUUUUCGUUUUGCCAUUCGGCUGAAGUACCUUGGCUGCUACCUGGUGUCCAGCCGACGGGUCGUGAUAUCUCCGUGAAUAUCGUUGUUGUGGCAUGUUUUCGAGCGGAGCGUAUAGUGAGGCAGAGUUUGUAUUGGGAUCAGGCAGAUGUGCUUGUACAAGCUGGGGUUUUGGAUUCAAGACUUGUACCAAAGAUGGAAGCUCUGUAUUAA